GUCUCUCUCAGCUUAUUUCACCUUUUCCUCUUUGGGGCCUUUGGCUUCUUUAACUGUUGAAAACAAAAUAUAUUAUUCCACCACUAUCCCGGAAAUUUAAUAUUUCUGGAUAAUUCAUUUUCUGACCCUUUUGAUAAUGAGUUCUUGUUUUACAUGGGAAUCAUUUUUUUGACAUAACCAUGGAGGUAUGAACACCUAUUAUUUGUUGUAUGUAAGGAUAUAGAGAAGCCAGAAACUGGUUCAGCUGGGUGCUUUCUCAAAUGGGUAGGUGGAGAAAGAGAGCUUUGAGUUUUGAUGAGGUUGUGGAGUUUGUGAAACGUAUCAUACAAGAGAUGCCUCUAAUUCCGUUCUUGAUUCCUCUAAUAUUGAUUGUUUGGGCUAUUGAGAGAUGGGUUUUCUCUGUUACCAAUUGGGUUCCACUCAUUGUUGCUGUCUGGGCAACUAGACAGUAUGGAACUUAUCAACAGCAAAUACUUGUCGAAGACUUGAAUGAAAAAUGGAAGCGAGUUAUACAGAACACCUCAGCAAUAACACCGUUGGAGCACUGUGAAUGGUUGAAUAGGCUGUUGAUGGAAGUAUGGCCUAACUUCAUUAGCCCAAAGCUCUCAAUAAGGUUCUCAGCCAUUGUUGAGAAACGGUUAAAGCACCGAAAAUCAAGGCUUAUUGAAAAAAUUGAAUUGCUUGAAUUUUCACUGGGUUCAAGCCCACCAAGCCUAGGUCUUCAAGGGACUAGCUGGUCAACUUCGGGUGAUCAGAAAAUCAUGCGAUUGGGUUUUGACUGGGACACAACUGAUAUGAGCAUUUUGUUGCAUGCUAAGCUGGCCAAGCCAAUGGGGACUGCACGGAUUAUUAUAAAUAACCUUCAUAUCAAGGGUGAUCUUCACUUGAUGCCAGUUCUGGAGGGGAAGGCAAUUUUGUAUUCAUUUGUGUCAACCCCUGAAGUGAGAAUUGGAGUAGCCUUUGGAAGUGGUGGAAGCCAAUCACUACCAGCCACAGCGUUGCCUGGUGUUUCUUCUUGGCUGGUUAAAAUUUUCACUGACACCUUGGUUAAGACGAUGGUUGAACCUCGCCGCCGUUGUUACUCUUUGCCAGCUGUAGACCUAAGGAAGAAGGCUGUUGGUGGUAGCAUAUAUGUGACAGUCAUUUCAGCGAGUAAACUUUCUCGGAGUUACUUGAGAGGGAACUCAGUGAGAAGGCAGCAAAAUUCUUCUACAAAAGGCACUUUAGAAGAGCUCCAUAUUGAUAAAGAUCUGCAGACAUUUGUGGAAGUUGAACUUGAAGAGUUAACUAGGAGGACAGAUGUGAGAUUAGGCUCAAGUCCCACAUGGAAUUCAACAUUCAAUAUGGUUUUACAUGAAGAGACAGGAAGUAUUCGAUUCCAUCUUUAUGACUCUACCCCGAACAGUGUGAAGUAUGACUAUCUAGCAAGUUGUGAAAUUAAGAUGAAGUAUGUCGCAGAUGAUUCCACAACAUUUUGGGCAAUAGGACCUGACUCUGGUGUAAUAGCCAAGCAUGCAUUUUGUGGAAUGGAAGUUGAUAUGGUUAUUCCAUUUGAGGGGGCUCAGUCAGGGGAGUUGACAGUGAGACUUGUCUUAAAAGAAUGGCAAUUCUCGGAUGGUUCACACAGCUUGAACAGCUAUCAUCUUAGCUUGCAACAAUCAAUCAAUGGGACAUCAACUGUUCUGGCAAGAACUGGAAGGAAGAUCAAUAUAACUGUUGUGGAAGGAAAAGAUCUUAUUGCAAAAGAAAAAUCUGGAAAGUGUGAUCCAUAUGUUAAAUUGCAAUAUGGAAAGGCUCUCCAGAAAACUAAGUCUAUGCAUGCUUUAAAUCCCAUAUGGAACCAGAAAUUUGAAUUUGAUGAGAUAGGAGGCGAUGAAUAUCUUAAAAUAAAAUGCUACAAUGAAGACACCUUUGGAGAUGACCACAUAGGUUGCGCACGAGUAAAUUUGGAAGGACUGGUGGAGGGGUCAACAUGGGAUGUAUGGGUUCCCCUUGAAAAAGUGAAUUCAGGAGAGCUAAGGCUUCAAAUAGAAGCAGUCAGAGUUGAUGACUUCGACGGAUCAAGGGGUUCAACCAUAGGUUCAGGAAGUGGCUGGAUUGAACUCAUUCUCAUUGAAGCAAAAGACCUUGUUGCAGCUGAUCUCAGAGGGACAAGUGAUCCCUAUGUGAGGGCACAUUAUGGGAACUUGAAGAAAAGAACAAAGGUCAUCUACAAAACUCUAAAUCCCCAGUGGAAUCAGACCUUAGAAUUCCCUGAUGAUGGCAGCCCCUUAGUUUUGUAUGUAAAAGACCACAAUGAUUUACUACCCACAACAAGUAUAGGUGAUUGUGUUGUAGAAUAUCAGAGAUUGCCUCCGAAUCAGAGAUCUGACAAGUGGAUACCCCUGCAAGGGGUUAAAAGGGGAGAGAUUCAUAUUCAAAUUACGAGAAGAGUUCCCGAACUACAGAAGAAAUCUAGUUUAGAUUCUGAACCAUCCUUAACUAGAGCACAUCGUAUUUCUGGCCAGAUGAAGCAAACGUUGGUCAAGUUUCAAUCUUUAAUUGAGGAUGGCAAUCUUGAAGAACUCUCAGCAGCUUUGAGUGAGAUAGAAAGCAUUGAGGAUACGCAAGAAGAGUACAUGAUACAGCUUGAGACUGAGCAAAUGCUUCUUAUUAACAAGAUUACAGAGCUUGAUCAGGAAGUUUUUAGCUCAUCUCCUUCUUUGAGCAGAAUGUCUUCUGACAAUUGAAACAUUCCUUCAAGUUUUAGCCUUAAUGAUUGUUUUUUCCCUUGAUAUAGUUUUUCUUACACAAGAAUCAUCUCGGAUAGCCUAGUGUACAUGGUUCUCCAACUCACAAGUCUUUAAUGGUUCAUGUCAGGCUGUGUAUAUUGAAUAUGGAUGCAUGACUAAUACUUAAUAUUGAAUGAAAAUAUAGCAUUUGCUCUUUCAGAA